GCACUCUCUCUGUCUCCAGUUCCACAACAGAGCUGUAGCCAAGCUGUAGCCAAGCGUGCACUUGCUCCCUAACACCUGUCAAAAAUGCCUGCAGACUACAAUGGGCGGUGGGAGAUGGUGAGCAAUGACAACUUUGAAGAAGUCAUGAAAGCCCUCGACAUUGACUUUGCCACCAGAAAGAUAGCCAACCACUUGCAUCAAACCAAAGUCAUUGUCCAAAACGGAGACAAGUUUGAAACGAAGACCCUGAGCACCUUCAGGAACUAUGAGGUCAACUUCACAGUCGGUGAGGAGUUUGAGGAGAACACCAAGGGCCUGGACAACCGGAAAGUCAAGACUCUGGUUACAUGGGAUGGAGACAAGCUGCUCUGUGUCCAAAAGGGGGAGAAGGAAAAUCGUGGCUGGACACAAUGGAUUGAGGGAGACGAGCUGCACCUGGAAAUCAGGGUUCUGGACAAAGUCUGCCACCAGGUGUUUAAGAAGACGAAGUGAGAGCAGAAAACACACUUUUUGUCUUUUUAAAUGUGGAGAACUCAAAUAAAAAGAUUUAUUACAAUUUAUAGAAAA